AUGUCGGGAGAAGCAUGGCUAUACCUGCUGGCGGUGCUGAUAAACGCUGUAAACCUAUUCCUCCAGGUCUUCUUCACCAUAAUGUACAGCGAUCUGGAAUGUGAUUACAUCAACCCCAUCGACCUCUGCAACCGCCUCAACACCUACAUCAUCCCCGAAGCCGCCGUACAUGGAUUCUUGACCAUCCUCUUCCUGAUCAACGGAUACUGGGUUGCUUUCAUACUGAACGUACCACUGUUGGCAUGGAACGCGAAAAAGAUCAUGGAGAACCAGCACCUGCUGGACGCGACCGAGAUUUUCAGGAAGCUCAACGUGCACAAGAAGGAAUCAUUCAUCAAGCUGGGCUUUCACCUAGUCAUGUUCUUCUUCUAUCUCUACAGCAUGAUUGUUGCUCUUAUCCGCGAUGAGUCGCACUGA